AUGCCUCCUAUAUUACCAUUACCACCGCCCUCGCCACCACCCUUGGAACAAAAGCCACUUAAUCCAACACAUUAUUAUCUACAAUCUGAUAUUAACAGUACAGAUGAUUGGUUUAUGCAUCUUAAUCGACACUUAAUCGAUUCACCUAACAAACAUUUAAUAAAUGACAAGUGUAUAGCAAUUGAUUGUGAGAUGGUCGGUGUUGGGUAUAACGGUAUAAUUUCAGAACUUGCUAGAGUUAGUAUAGUGAAUUAUUAUGGAGUAACAUUAAUGGAUAAGUAUGUUAAACCAAAGCAAAAAGUUACAGAUUAUAGAACUCAAUUUACUUGUGACUUUAAAGAUAUUCAUAAAGAAGUAAAAGACUUAAUGGAAGGAAAUCUAGUAAUUGGACAAUCUCUAGGAUUUGAUUUUAAUUCAACGACACCUUCGUUGAAAAAAUUGGCCAGGGAAGUCUUAGGAUUAGAAAUACAAGAAAAGACCCAUGAUUCCGCUGAAGAUGCAAAAACCUGCAUGUUACUUUAUAGAUUAAAACAAGAUGAAUGGGAAAUUGCAUUGAAAACAAAAAAAAUUAAUAUUGUAUUGAAUAAAAUUGAUAUUUAA